AUGAGCUAUGGCGUUUCAUUUGGAGGUGAGUUGGGAGAACUUACGACGAAGGACCGGAAUGCCAUACCACGUGUUUGUCAUUUUGUGUUAACACGAUUAACACCCAAAAUCCCAAUUAAAAACCCCAAGAAUUUUUUUCUAUCGUUCUGUGGGAAUAGAACAAAAGACACAUUCAAAGCACUUUGUAACUUUAUUGUCGUUCCUGAUAGCACUUAUUUGUCUUUGAAUGCGACUAUAUUCUUCUCGUAUUUACAUUACUUUAGAGUUUGUGUUCAUUGCCGUCUCCUCAUAACUAACAUUUAG